AUGGACAUGCCAGUCAAUGUCCCUGUUGACGACCCAAACGCCGACACUGAAUGGAACGACAUUUUGCGGAAACAUGGGGUCAUCCCAGAAAAGCCGAAGGAUCCCGAGCCCAUGAUCCAAGAGGCCAUUUUGGAGGCCCAACAGAGAGCCUACGAAAACCGUCUGGAGGACAAAGACCUCGACGAACUCCAUGAUUUGGAGGACGAAGAGGACGAGGCGUUUUUGGAACAGUACCGCCAGCGGCGUCUUCAGGAGCUCUCCAGUCUCCAGAGGAAGAGCGUCUAUGGCCAAGUCUUCCCCCUGCAGAAACCCGAUUACGCACGAGACGUGACGGAGGAGAGCAGCAAGGCCUUUGUUCUGGUCAACCUGACUUCUUCCCUGGGCACUAAUGUGGAGUCGAGGGUCCUGUCCGAACUCUGGAGACAAGCUGCCGCCAAGUUCGGCGACGUCAAGUUCUGCGAGAUCCGCGCCAAUUUGUGCAUAGAGGGCUAUCCCGAGAAGAACACGCCCACCAUUCUCGUCUACAAGGACGGAGACAUCAAGCGGCAGUUGGUGACCCUCCGAGAGCUGAACGGCCCCAAAACCAGUCUGCGGGAUCUUGAAGGGAUUCUCGUUGAGGUUGGCGCCAUCUCCGAGAAUGAUAUGAGGCUCAGGCGGAAGAAUAGCGAUGACGAACUCAACGACAGUCGCCAACCCGCUGCUGAUGAUGAUGAGGACGACGACUGGGAUUGA